CAGUACGUCAUAGGUGCGACUCUUAUCCUUGUAUUGGCUUUCCGUCCAUGCAUGCCCAUGUAUGCCCCAGUAUGCUCAUUGCCCACUCGGCUAGGGCGGGAAGCUCAAAGUGCAGUCAAGUCUAGUCCUCACAAUAGUCUUGGGCUUGCUCCUUUCAUAGGAGGGUCUAGCGAGACGCCGAAUUCGGGACUGCCUUGGCGUAUUCAACAACUAAAAUGUCCCCGCGCUUUUUUAUGCGCCACAUUACUCCAACACAUCCGCACAAUAUUCUUCCUCCUUCCGACCCCAUUUGCAGUUAUCCUCAUCGAAAUAGCGUUCCAGCAAAGAUGACGUCGGAGGCACCAACCUUGGUGAAUACCCCCAUGGCUGCUACACCUCGGCCGAGCGCGUCAACGACGCCUAGUCUGCUACAGCCGUCAGAACAUCCGCCGCCGAAUCGCCGUUCGAACAGAGCUUCUGCCCGACCUCCGGCAGAAAGAAGUAUAUGGGACCGAUUGGGAAUCCAUCCGUUGCGCGGGAUAAUCACGGAUACCAAGAGACGUGUGCCGUAUUACUGGAGCGACUGGACAGAUGCAUGGGAUUAUCAUGUGGUCCCGGCCACGAUCUUCAUUUUCUUCGCGAAGUGCGUACAUCACACGCUCCCCUGCCCCUCGGUCCGUAAUCUUAUAGCGUAGCAUUCUACCCGCCCUCGCAUUCUCCUUCGACAUGUACGUCCGCACCGACCGCUCCUAUGGCGUGAACGAAGUCCUUCUCGCCUCCGUCCUCGGUGCCGGAGUCUUCUCCAUUUUGGGCGGCCAGCCUCUCACUAUCGUCGGCGUUACCGGUCCCAUCACCGUGUUUAACUAUACUAUUUAUAACAUCAUCACGCCGAAUGGAAUCGCGUUCUUUCCAUUCAUGGCG